AUGCCAUGGCGACGAUCCUUCCAUGCUACACGUCAUAUGGACGCUAUCAAGCCUUUUCUCUUGGCAGAUAUUGGUGAAGGUAUCACCGAAUGUGAAGUCAUUCAAUGGUUUGUGGAGCCAGGACAAACCGUGGCCGAAUUUGAUAAGAUUUGUGAGGUGCAAUCCGAUAAGGCGUCCGUAGAGAUCACUUCCCGAUUUUCGGGUACCAUCUCCAAGCUGCAUUAUAAUGUCAAUGACGUCGCCAAAGUCGGUGAACCCUUAGUGGAUAUUGAAGUGGCAGGUGAAGAAGGAGCAGAAGCAUCAUCUGAAGCAGUAAAGGAGCAACCACAACAGCAACCCGAACCACAACCUACACCUUCUACCACUGCUGCAGAGACCACACCUUCAUCAUCACCAUCCUCCUCUACUUUACCCGCUGAUCAUUAUUUGCGUACUCUCGCCACGCCGGCCGUGCGACGAGUUGCCAAAGAGAACAAUGUGGAUAUUCGCAAUAUUACAGGAACUGGUAAAGAUGGACGUGUAUUAAAGGAGGAUGUGGUAGCAUUCGUCAAUGGAGGAGGAUCGUCUCCAUCAUCGGCUACUGCUUCUACCACUACUACUACUUUUACUACGCCAACCCAACCCGAUCAAGUGAAACCUUUGACAGCGAUCCAAAAGGCCAUGUUCAAAUCAAUGACCAAGAGUGUAGCUAUUCCUCAAUUGGGAUACAAGGAUGAAAUGGAGCUGAAUGCCACUACUGAAUACCGUGCAGCACUUAACAAAUUGGUGGCCAAUGAUAACACGGGUCGCUUUGCAUUCCAAAAGGUGUCCUACAUGCCUAUCCUUGUCAAGUGUCUUUCUGUGGCCUUGACGCAAUACCCUAUUUUGAAUGCCACUUUGAUGGGUGCCGAAUCGGGUGACGUGGGUGCUAUGCAACUUCAAUACCGUGGAUCCCAUAAUAUUGGCGUUGCCAUGGAUACGCCUCAAGGAUUGAUUGUCCCUAAUAUCAAGGAUGUACAAAACAAGAGCGUAUUGGAAGUUGCUUCUGAAUUGCAUCGAUUGGCUGAAUUGGGUGCCAAAAACAGCUUAUCGCCUGCUGAUUUGCAAGGCGCCACCAUCACAGUCUCCAACAUUGGCACGAUUGGUGGUACCUAUGCCAAUCCUUGUUUGAUUGCUUCGGAAAUGGCCAUUGUUGCCUUGGGUCGUAUGCAAACGUUGCCUCGCUUUGAUGAGCAGGGUAAUGUCAUUGCAAAGCAAAUUCUUCCCAUCAGCUGGUCAGCUGAUCAUCGUAUCAUUGAUGGUGCCACGAUCGCCCGUUUCGGUAAUUACUGGAAGCGUCUGGUAGAGAACCCAUUGAUCCUUGCAAGUGAGCUUCGAUAA